GCUGCGAGCGCAUCAAAACAAUCUUAUGCUUGGUGACAGUUUUCGUGAGAAUUUUGACUGAAAUGAUUGAGGAACACGACGAGCGUGAGACAAUAUGCGAUUCGGUGAACUCCUUGGUGGAAGGCUGUCGCUUGCCGGUCAGAAUGCACGGCACAGAAGACUGGCCUCUUGCUGAAAUAAUCAGCGUUAAAGAAGUGCGUGACAUCAAGUGCUAUUACGUACAUUAUGUAGAUUUCAAUAAACGAUUGGAUGAAUGGGUACCUGAGGACUGUUUGGAUACUCGUAAAGUCCAAUAUCCGCGUCGAGAUGGUACAACGCCAGGGACUGGUGCAGCGACUCCUAAAAAGCAAGCACCGAGCAGACCUCCAAGUCCAAACAAUAUAAAUAGUGAACCAGUAAAUGGUUCCGCUGUGCUGCAAGCUGCCUUACAGAAAAAAAUAGCCAGGAAGCGAAAAGGCACAUUUCUUGAAAAUGAGGAUUCGCAAGAUGGUCCACCACAAUUGCAUUCAACGGCUGGCCCAAGACCUACAGGAUCGUUAGUGGCACAUCACCAUGAUGAUGUUGUGACCCGAAUGAAAAACAUUGAACUUAUUGAACUUGGAAGACAUAGGAUCAAACCCUGGUACUUUAGUCCGUACCCUCAAGAAAUGGUGAAUCUCCCGUGCAUAUACAUUUGCGAGUUUUGUCUUAAAUACCGAAAAAGUCGAAAGUGCCUAGAGAGACAUUUGGCAAAGUGCAAUUUACGUCAUCCUCCUGGAAAUGAGAUCUAUCGCAAAGGAUCGAUAUCAUUCUUCGAGAUAGAUGGUAGAAAAAACAAAAACUACGCCCAAAACCUCUGCCUAUUGGCCAAGCUCUUCCUGGAUCACAAAACCCUUUACUACGACACAGACCCCUUCCUCUUCUAUGUAAUGACAGACUUUGACAGUCGAGGUUUUCACAUAGUUGGUUACUUUUCCAAGGAGAAGGAGUCGACAGAGGAUUACAAUGUUGCCUGUAUCCUCACAAUGCCUCCGUACCAAAGAAAAGGUUACGGAAAGCUCCUAAUAGAAUUCUCCUAUGAACUGUCCAAAUUUGAGGGUAAGACUGGCUCUCCGGAGAAGCCAUUAUCCGAUCUGGGUCUGCUAUCCUACAGAAGUUACUGGGCGCACACAAUACUGGACAUACUCUUGAACGUGAAGCCACUAGUAGAGAAUGAGAAACCCCAAAUAACGAUAAACGAAAUAUGCGAACUGACCUCAAUUAAAAAAGAGGAUGUGAUAUCAACACUGCAAAACCUGAACCUCAUAAACUACUAUAAAGGACAAUACAUCGUAACGCUAAAUAGGGAAAUAAUUGAACAACACGCAGCGGCCAUGGAGAAGCGUCAAAUCAGAAUAGAUCCAAAGUGUCUUCAUUGGACUCCAAAAGACUGGAGUGUACGAGCAAAAUGGAUACCCGGAAGUGACUGCGUACGUUUAACGUCUGUACAAAAUUGUACAUAAAAUAGCGAUCUGUGCUCUUAAGUUUUAAUAAGACUGUAUCUGGCUCCACGCGCGAUGCCUGUCCGAUUACCUCUCACAUGACGAACCGACACCCAGGUUACACAUUUUUAUCGAUUAUUCGAAAUUUGCAAUUGGUCCGACACUGUGCUGACGACUAUCUCAUACUUAAAAAAGCAGGCACGCGUGUUCGGUCAGGAACAAGGUUUUAAUACAGUGACUAGAUUUUUUAAAAGUUACAGUUGUGUAUGUAAGUACUAUUUCGCGAUCAUCGAUUUGUACAGGAAGAAAGAAAAAAAGGAAAACCACUUUGAAAGUGUAGAAUUGUAAAUAAAUGUGAU